AUGACUUGGAACCAUAUCUUAUCUUAUCUUCGUACAACAUGGCCUGGCCAUUGCCACUUGAGAUUCUUGAUCUGUAAUGUUGUAUCCCUAAGAACAGUUCUCUCUUCCACUGCUGAUAAUUUAACAUGGUCUUAUCUUUUGUCUUUUAUCAUGUUUCGCUCUACAUACUGUAGCCAACUGAUAAUUUUUGCUAUUUUUCCAUGUUUGACAGCUCUAGGUAACAAGAGGGCGAGGAGCAAUGGAAAUAAGUGGCCGAGUGGUUCUAGACCAGGUUCUUCUGAGUGCUUCCUAAGCCCCAACCAGCAUAUUGUCUGUUAA